GGCGGCCGCGCGGGCCAGCGGACGAGCUGGUGGCGAGCAGCGCGCAGCGCGCGGGGCACCGAGGAGCCGGCGCGGCGGGCGCAGCGCUGGGCAGCCGGAGCAGAGAGGCCGGAGCGGCGCCGCCCCCACCACCCCUGAGGGGCCCCGGCCCGGAGCCCUACGAGGGAGGGGGCGGCAUGGACCGGUGGCUUGGAGCGCGGGGGCGCUAGGCCCCCGGACGGGUGGCACCUCGCCUCGUCGCUGCUGUCGCCGCCGGGCCGCCCUUCACAGCUGCGCGCCCUGCCCGCUCCAGCCGCCCCCCGGGCCGCCGCCGGCCCAUGAGCCCCGACCUCAAAGUUUGCGGCGGGCGGGCGGGCGCGGAGCCUCCAAAAUGCCGUUCCACCCGGUGACGGCGGCGUUGAUGUACCGGGGCAUCUACACCGUGCCCAACCUGCUGUCGGAGCAGCGCCCGGUGGACAUCCCCGAAGAUGAGCUGGAGGAAAUCCGAGAGGCCUUCAAAGUCUUUGACCGCGAUGGCAAUGGCUUCAUCUCCAAGCAGGAGCUGGGCACAGCCAUGCGCUCCUUGGGCUACAUGCCCAACGAAGUAGAGCUGGAAGUUAUCAUCCAGCGACUGGACAUGGACGGUGAUGGCCAAGUGGACUUUGAGGAGUUUGUGACCCUCCUGGGACCCAAGCUCUCCACCUCAGGGAUCCCAGAGAGGUUCCAUGGCACUGACUUUGACACUGUCUUCUGGAAGUGUGACAUGCAGAAGCUGACUGUGGAUGAGCUGAAGCGGCUGCUCUACGACACCUUCUGUGAGCACCUGUCCAUGAAGGACAUCGAGAACAUUAUCAUGACGGAGGAGGAGAGCCACCUGGGCACAGCUGAGGAGUGCCCCGUGGAUGUGGAGACCUGCUCCAACCAGCAGAUCCGCCAGACAUGCGUGCGCAAGAGUCUGAUCUGCGCCUUCGCCAUCGCCUUCAUCAUCAGCGUCAUGCUCAUCGCAGCCAACCAGGUGCUGCGCAGCGGCAUGAAAUAGGCACCGCCUGGGCACCUCCUCUGGUGCACACGAUGCGCGGGGCCCCCUCCACACCCACCACCGCCUGCAGGCCUCUCCUUCAGCUGCACCCUGGGCCGCCACCACUGUGUGCAUUUCGGGGCCUGGAGGUUCAGUGACCCCGCCCCACCCGCC